UUAGACGACAUGGAGCUAUCGUUUAUCAAUCAAAUGACUAGCGGUAUACUGGGCUGAUGUUAAUGGAAUUGGAGGAUCAUGAGCAGAAACCACCACUGUCUCAACAAAAAUUACUACAAUUCUUUGCUACACUACCAGUCACAUGCUCCGCUUUCUCUUCUCCCUCAACAACGAAAAGACCCAUUUCAAAAAGAUAUAUCUGACGUGGUUCCUCAUUUGACACGUCCUUUUAGUAGAAUUUUGAGGUUGAAGCCUGAAGAUGUGCUUGCAUUAUUACUUGGUUUCCAAUUACAAUGUGGAAAAGUUGAUGUUAGUAGUUCAAAAGUUGAGUCUUUAUGGGGGAUUUUUAAGUGUGUUAGUGAUCAAGACAAGGGUUUCAAGCAUUUGCCCAAGUCAUGUGAGGUUAUGGGAUUGGUUCUUAUUAGAUAUGGGAUGUUUAGAGAGGUUCAGCUACUGCUUUUGGGAAUGGAAAAGCAAGGAAUUUCGUUGGAUAACAAUGAAAUAUAUUCUAAGUUGAUUGAAGGGUAUGUUGGUGCUAGUGAUUUGGAGAGAGCUGUGCUUAUGUAUGAUCGAAUGAGAGAGAUGAAUUCGGCUCCAUCGUUGUUGUGUUAUCAUGUUCUGAUUGAUCUCAUUGUGAGAAUGAGGAGAACUAGAUUGGCAUUUCGAGUUUGUUUUGAUAUGGUGGAUAGUGGGAGUAAUUUGGGUGAUAGGGAGAUAGCUAGCGUUGAGAAAGUUGUUAGAUUACUCUGCGAGGAUGAAAUGGUUCAAGAAGCAAGGAAGGUUAUGAGGAAGGUUAUGGCUUUAGGUUUUGGGUCCCGCGGCAUUUUUAUUGAUGAGAUUGCUUCUGGGUAUUGUUCGAAGAAGGAUUUUGAAGAUUUGCAUAGUUUUCUAGUUGAAAUGAAGUGUUCGCCAAAUGUGUUGGUUGGUAAUAAGAUUAUAAAUGGCUUCUGCCGCAAUUAUGGUGUAGAGAGAGCUGACAUUUUCCGGUUAGAACUGGAGGAUUUAGGUUUUAGGUCUGAUGAAAUAACGUUUGGUAUCUUGCUGGGUUGGUGUUGCUUUGAUGGAAAUUUGAGGAGUGCCUUCAUUUAUCUGUCAGAUGUUUUAUCACGAGGCUUAAAGCCAAGUAUAUGGUCGUACAAUGCCUUAAUCGGUGCAAUGUUUAGGGAGGGAAUGUGGAAACAUGCCCGAGAUGUUCUCGAUGAAGUGGUUAAUAUGGGAAUGACCCCAAAUUUAUCAGUUUUCAGAACUCUCGUGGCAGGAUUCUGCAAAGUUAGACAAUUUGAAGAAGUGAAGAUGAUGGUACAUGAGAUGGUGAACUGUAAUUUGAUUGAAUCCUCUUCUCUGGAGAAUCCACUUUCCGAGGCAUUCAAGGUCUUGGGGUUUAGUCCAUUAUCUAUAAGGUUGAAAAGGGAUAAUAAUGUGGGAUUUUCUAAGACAGAGUUUUAUGAUAGCCUUGGAAAUGGGCUCUAUUUGGAUACAGAUCUAGAUGAGUAUGAAGAAAGAUUAAAUGGGAUUCUUCAAGGUUCUGUGAUACCUGAUUUUAAUUUGCUUAUAAGCACGGAAUGCAAUGAAGGGAAUUAUAAGGCCACAUUACCUUUGAUAGAUGAAAUGGUCCAAUGGGGUCAAGAACUGUCUGUGUCUAUCCUAUCAGCAUUAGUGAAGCAGCUUUGUGCAUCCCGAUCACAUAUCAGGGCAUCCAUCCAUCUUAUUGAGAAAAUGCCAAAGUUGGCUAACCAACUAGAUGAUGAUGUUCUUAAUUUGCUUGUCCGAGCAUACUGCAAGAGUGGAUUGGUAUACAAGGGGAGGUUGAUUUUUAAUCAGAUGCUUCUUAGGGAUGCAAGAAUUGAGAAUGAGAUUUACACUGAUUUAUUAGGUGGAUUAUGUAAGAAGGGAAAAUUGAGAGAUUUUCAUGAUUGCUGGGAUAUUGCUCGAAAUAGAAAAUGGUUACCAGGGUUAGAGGAUUAUAAAUCUCUUGUUGAUUGUCUAUGCAAUUGUAGGAUGCCAAGGGAAGCACUGGAGCUUUUUGAAAGCAUGAUGGUAUUCCAUCCUCACUCUAGAGUUGAAAUUUGUCAUUGGUAUCUUGAAAAGCUCUCUAUCACAGGCUUUACGAGCAUUGCACACAAGUUGGUGGAUGAACUGCAAUAUCAGGGUUUCUUCGUUGAUGAAAUUUCUUAUAACCACAUAUUAAGAGGGUUAUGCAAGGAGAAAAAUUAUACUGCAGCCUUCACAAUAUUGGAAGAAAUGUUGGCUAGGAACUGGAUUCCAUGCUUGGAUGUUUCUCUUUUUCUGAUUCCUCAGUAUUGUAGUGCUAAUAGACUAGAUAAAGCCAUUUCUUUAAGAGACAUUAGUUUGAUAAAGCAACCAGAAUCUGAGUUUUCUGUCAAUUAUGCUCUAGUUAGAGGAUUUUUCCAGACCGGCAAGGUUGGAGAAGCAGCUAGUCUAGUGCAGGAUAUAUUGUUGAAGGGGGAAUUUACUAAUCCUGAAAUUUAUAACAAUUUGUUGCAAGGAUAUUGCCAAGCUAAUGACUUAAGGAUCGUAAGACAGCUGCUUAGUGUUCUGAUACGAAAUUUUUUAAGCCUCUCAAUCUCAAAUUACGAGAAUUUAGUACGCUUGAUGUGUACGCAUGGUAGUUUUACUUCUGCUUUAAGUCUGAAGGCGCUGAUGCUAGCAAACAACAGGUAUGAUAGCCUCAUCAUUUACAACAUUUUGAUGUUCUAUCUUCUCUCAGCUGGGCGCAGUGUGCAUGUGAUUAAAGUUCUGGAUGAGAUUCAGGAGAAGGGAUUACUUCUUAAUGAGGUUUCUUAUAAUUUUCUCAUUUACGGGUUUUCAAAAUGUAAAGAUGUGGCUAGUGUGCAACACUAUCUAUCUACAAUGAUUUCUAAGGGGUAUAGGUCAAACAAUCGCAGCUUACGAACAGCAGUGACGUGUUUAUGUGAUCUUGGACGACUUAGUGAUGCCUUGGAGUUGAGUCGAGAAAUGGAAAAGAGAGGUUGGGUUCAUGGAUCGGUUGUUCAGAAUGCAAUUAUCGAAGGCCUUCUUUCUCAUAAUAAGCUUCAAGAAGCUGAAUAUUUUCUGGACCGCAUGGAAGAAAAAGAUCUAAUUCCUAAUACAAUCAAUUAUGAUAAUCUAAUUAAGCGGUUUUGUUUCUACGGAAGAUUGAAUAAGGCGGUUGAUCUUCUGAACAUAAUGCUGAGAAGAGGAAAUCUCCCCAACUCUGCUAGCUAUGAUGCUGUUAUUCAUGGUCUCUGCUUAAGGAAUCAACUAAGUGAAGCAAUGGAUUUCCAUUCCGAGAUGUUGCAUAAGGAUCUUAAACCAAGCAUGAAGAAUUGCGACAUGCUUGUCCGCAAACUUUGCCAAUUCGGACAAACUGGAGAAGCAGAAAAGCUCCUUAUUUCCAUGUCUCAGUUAGGUGAAACUCCAACAAAAGAAAUGUACUCAGCUGUCAUUAAUAGAUAUCGUGCUGAAAAUAAUUCGAGUAAGGAAUCUGAGCUCAUACGAGUAAUGCAACAGAGUGGUUAUGAGCCAGAUUUUGACACUCACUGGUCUCUCAUAAGCAAGUUACAGCAUUUUAAAGACAAAGGUAUUCAUAAAGACGACGAUAAUAGCAACAGCAGCGAAGGUUUCCUGUCUAGGCUUCUUUCUGCAAGUGGAUUUUCUGAUAAAAAGGAUUCCAAAUUCAAAAUGGGAUGAUACACCCCGUAAAGAUAACUCUUCUUAGCUUCAUUCAUUGAUAUAUUACAUUAUUUCAUUUGUCGAUACAAUGUUAUGUGGAUAGUCGAUGGCCUGUAUGUAUAUGGCUAUGUUGCGCAAUUUUUAUUUUUAUUUUUUUGAGUUUUAUGUUUUAGCGUUUCUGUUUCUAGAAACGCUUUUGAAACUUCAUCCCCUAACUCUAUAUUAAUAAAAUGUUCUUAUAACAAA